AUGCAGUUUAUCUCUGCAACUAUUAGUAGUGCUAGAAAAGCAUACAAGAUGAAUAAGCUUGCUAUAUAUAACAGUAAUCAAAAGAUGCUAUAUGGAUUCCUUAUCUACUACAGAGCAUAUUUUCUGCAUUACAAGACUCAGUUUAUUAAGAAAUCUGAGAAAGUUAUUCUUGCAGAAAUUCGUUUCGAAAAGAAUGCUCUUAUCUGA